UCUGACUAUUAGCUCUGGUCAGCAAACUGUUGUUGCGAGGUUUAUUAAGUUGAAACAGGCUAACAUUACACCCGGCAGCCUUGCAUUAAAUAGCGGCUGGCCAUAGUUAGCUUAGUCGGCCUAGUCUGUGAUGGGGGAUUCAGGAUUUGUAUUGUUUUUCGUUGACGCUGUUGCUGCUGCUAUGCCCCCUUUUCUCCCGUUUCGUACGUGCAAACAGGAACGAUAAAAACAACGUUUUAUUCGACAUAAGGUUGAGGCUAGAUAACUACAUACAGUUAUAAAAUAAAGAGUAUACGCCUGGAGAAAUCUACUUCGAUUUUGAGUUGACGUAAGACGUGGGCACGACGUCAUACGUCUGGACGAGGAUCUUGACAGUCCAACAGUAGCUGUCAGGCGCAAACUGUUUCAGCAAGUCAGCGUCACCCUGAAGACAGGAAGGCAGAAAAGGAUCCUUUGAGAAUGUCGAGCUCUCUGGUUGUGUGUGAAGUGGAUGAAAGUCUCAAAGAUAAACUGAAAAAGUUUAGAUUUCGAAAAGAGACCAACAAUGCUGCCAUACUAAUGAAAAUCGAUAUGGAGAAACAACUUGUUAUCCUUGAGGAGGAAUAUGAGGACAUCUCACUGGAUGAUCUGAAAGAGGAACUCCCAGAGCGGCAGCCCAGAUUCAUUGUCUACAGCUACAAAUAUGUCCACGCUGAUGGUAGGGUGUCUUACCCUCUGUGUUUCAUAUUCUCAAGUCCAAUGGGAUGUAAGCCAGAGCAACAGAUGAUGUAUGCAGGCAGCAAGAAUCGGCUGGUCCAAGCUGCAGAGCUCACAAAGGUCUUUGAAACAAGAAACGCUGAUGACUUGACAGAGGAAUGGCUGAAGAAACAGCUGGCAUUUUUUCGCUGAAUAUGCAUCUUCCAAACCUUCAAACUGUCUUUUUCAUUGUGGAAAAAUAUCAACUUUGAUUGUUGUGUGUUAUUGCUAUUAAAUGACUUACUGUAUGCAACCUA